AUGAGUCUAUUGCAAUCACAAAGAAAUCAGCAAAUACAUCAAAGAUCUAGGAUAUUGAAUAGUUCCUCAAGUAAUGGACCUACCCAACAGAUUAUUUUACAACCAGUCCGACUUCGUCAAGAGCCAGCACAGCACAGGUCAGUUGGUUUUGGUAAUAGGCGCCCAAUUAUUAUUUGGAAAGAUAGUGCUACAAAUAAUGCACACUUUCCAUUACUUACAAGCAGACCUAUGCUACGAAAUGUAAGCAGAUCACCUAUGAUAUUACAUUCUGUUCCAUCUUUCACUACAAAAAUGCCUUCAAUUUCUUCAACGCAUCCUUUACGUAUCGUGGCUUCUUGGAUUGUACCUUUAAAACGAGUAAAGCCUUCACAUCAUAAAUUACCAAAUUCUAUACAAUUUCUCACAACUGUACUUCCUAUUCAAAUUCAAAAAAGAUUAUCAAGUAGAAAAAUCAUUCAACUUCAACAGUUGACUUUUGUGCACAAAUCAUCUACGUCACCUAUACCAAAAUCUUCUCUACCAUUUACACUUUCCACAGUUGUUUUAAAUGAUCAACCAAGUGCAACCAGCUUCAAACCUAUGCUUACAUCCUCAAAUUUUAUUACAAUAAAAAAUUUCACGACUACCACACCAACUUUUAUAGUCAAAACAGUACCAAAACUAAAAGAGACUAAAUUAGUUAAAGUCAAUUCUGAUUCGGAGUUAGCAAAAAACGAAAAUUCUACAGAGGGUAACUUCAACAGUUCUUUAAUUUCAUCAAACAAUCUUGGUGAUAACAAACUCCACGCAAAAAAUGCAAAAGAGAACAACAUGACAUUUUCUCGAAGUGAUGAAAUAGCAGAGGGAUCUGAAUCCUUGAAUGAAUCUUCUUCACUAGCUCCUCUAAUAUUUGGUACAGAAUCACCGAAAGAUUUACGGAAUUUUGGCAGUUCACCCGGUUUCUUACCUCCAAGUGAUGCAGUAGUCAAACAGUUAAACGAUGCUUCGGAUUUUUUGACUAUAGCCAAAGCUAUGAAUUUACGAGAAACUAUUAAAGGUGCUAUAAGUUAA